UGUCACGUCGAGGCUCGUUCUUUUAGCGUCCGACGCCCACUGUGUGAGGAGAGACCAGAGGCCAGGCCUGCUCCUGCUCCGCUCCCGACUGCCUCACCCGGCCCGUCAGAAUGCGUUACGUCGCAGCUUAUCUCCUUGCUGUAUUGGGUGGCAAUACAUCACCAUCUUCAAAGGACAUUAAGAAGAUUUUAGACAGUGUUGGUAUUGAAGCUGAUGAUGAACGACUGAAUAAGGUUAUCAGUGAGCUGAAAGGCAAGAACGUGGAUGAUGUCAUCGCUGCUGGCAAUGCUAAACUUGCAAGUGUCCCAGCUGGUGGGGUCGCAGCUUCUGGUGCUACAGGUGGUGCUGCUCCAGCUGCAGCAGCUGUUGCUGAAGAAAAGAAAGAAGAGAAGAAAGAAGAAUCUGAAGAAUCAGAUGAUGACAUGGGCUUUGGUCUCUUUGACUAGAUUCUAAACUUUUUAAAAUAAAACUCUUGUGUCCUAA